GUGCAACGUGUUGGUGGCUGCAGCGGCGGCGCGGGUUCUUCCGGGCUCUGCAGCUUCCUGCCGAGCAUCGCGCAGCCGCCUCGGCAGCCGGAGACCCCGGCGCAGGCCUCCCGGGUGCCAGCCUCUGGGGCUCAGGCCUCCGGGGUGCAAGCCUCCGGGACGCAGACCUCCGCACCGUGCGUGCGCAUAGUGCACCAUGAGCGCCCUGCCACCCCAACCGCCGCCACCGCUGCUGCUGCUGCUGCUCGCGCUCCUGGCCGCGCCCGCCGCCCUCGCUCGCAGAGCCGAGUCCGCUUCGGCCUCCCAGCCCGAAGCAGAACACCAGCCUCCGCCCGGUCCCGGGAAUGCUACCCAGCUGGGAUCCGGCAUGGCGGGCGGGGGAAGCUCCAACAGCAGCGUCGACGCGGUGGUGACCCGCAUCUCCAGUCUGCUUCGUGACCUGCCUACCCUGAAGGCGACGGUGAUCGUGGCAUGUGCCUUCAGCGCGCUGCUCAUCGCCUGUCUGCUGCUGCGCGUCUUCAGGUUGGGAAAAAGGUUGAAGAAGACUCGCAAGUAUGACAUCAUCACCACCCCUGCGGAACGUGUGGAAAUGGCCCCACUGAAUGAGGAGGACGAUGAGGAUGAAGACUCUACAGUAUUUGACAUCAAAUAUAGGUAAAACUUCGCUGGCUUGUCAGCGUCCUGUGGGGAAGCUGGUCAGCUGCAGCCUGGGCUGUCAAGGUCUGGGCACCGUCUCUCACCUGAGGUGAUAAGACCCAAACCAAUGUUAUUUAUGGAACUCUGGCUUCACCCUCCAUGUCCAGCGUCUGCCUGGAAUGUCACUGUCACGCUCGUUCUCAGCUGCCAGAAAAAAGAGUCACCUUAGCCGGCCCUCGGAUGACCCUUUGAAAUUCUCUUUCCACCCUUGUCUUGAGGGGUUUUCUGCCUUCCUAAGAGAUGAAGAUGGGAACAUCGAUUUCAAAGAAUUUUCUAAAACAACUGUAGAUAAUAGUAAAGCCACAAUUGGGAGAUCAAGAGUUUUAAAAAGCUGGGCUGGGGAGAUAGCUUAUGGGGUGACAACCUGAUCACCUCACAAGCGGGGGGCAUGAGUUUGGUCCCUAGUGCUCACAUUAAAGCAAAACUAGUCUGGUAGCCCACAACUGGAAUCUUAGCACGAGAGGCAGCUAGAUCCUUGGGGUUGACUGUCCAGCCAGCCUAGCCUAAUGAGCGGGUUCCAAUGAAGACACCUGGUCACAGAAAAGUGGGUUGGCUCCAGAGGCAUAAUAGCCAAGCUUCAUUUCUGCCUCUAUAUAUGUGUAUGUUUGCCAACACACACACACACACACACACACACCCCUCAGGACCUUCAGAUAUACCUGGGAGAAUCCUGACAUUUUUGUUCUCCCAAAUCAUUUCAGCUUCUUCAGGUCUGGCUUUAUUUAGGGAAAAAUUGUAUAUUUCAGGAUGGAUGUAUACGUUUCCCAUCCGAUCUACCCUGUCUAAGAGGUUCCCCACAAUAGGCCCCAGAAGAAUUUAAAAUUAUCAGGGAUCAGACCACAUGGGGUGAGUGAGUGGAUGGGUGUGUACACCUAUCAGAUAAUUUCUCUUCUCUUGGGAAGGGAAAGUGCCAGGUGGCUCUCAGAGACUUUCUUGUGUGCUGUAAAAACAUUUGUCCUGCCUUAGUGCUGUGGUGUCUGUCUUAGGAAUGUACUGCUAAGAAAUCACUGUGGCAAAUGAAUGGAAGAAGAAGAGGAGGAGGAAGAGGAAGAGGAAGAGGACACUGUUAGGGACUCUGUUGGAAGUUAGUCCAGGCUAGGUUGGACAGAACUGGACUGGAAACUCUCCAGGGCCCACCGCUGUUUAUGAGGAGUUCAGGUGGGCACCUACCCUGGGAGCUGGGUACCCAGGGGAGCCCUGAGGAAACAGGCUCUGGACUAACUGCUCAGGUUAAUGGAGGCCUCCCACUUGGCCUUCUCCCAUAUUGCUGUAGCAGGAAUGCUUCUGUGCAAAUCUAAUAGCAGUGCCUUUGGGACCCUGGGAGUGCAUCACGUCUGGGAAGGUGACCCUUGUUAUCUCAGUUCCUUUUCAUCUUUGUCCUAGGGUUUGUUUGUGUAUUUGCCUGUCUAAUGCCCUGCUCCAUUGCUUUGGAUGAAAACUCGUACCUUGGCCAGCUCCACCACUGUCAGGUUCUCCAGUUCUGACUGGGGUUGUGGUGAUGGCGGUAGGUGGGAAGAUCCACCCUGGCUCAGGAGCCUGACUUGACACUGGUUCUUUCAGCCCUAAGCCAGCAUCUGAGGUGUGCUGUGCUCCUGGGAUCCAUUAAUUUCACCUUUUCGGCUGGCUUCUCUCAUCCUUCUGCCAUUAGCCAGAGGGGCGGGUUGUGAACUGGAGCCGGUGACUGUCCUCUCACCAUGGACUGAAGCACAGUGGUGACUCUAGGAAGCUGGCCACCUCGAAGCUGUACAUCCUCUCAGCCUUGGAGCCGGGACUCGAGGGUCCCAGAACUGCAGCUGAACCAUCUGGAAAAGCUGGAUUCUCUAUUCUCCUGCCUUAUGUAUGAACACCACGGAUCCGGCUGCCAGCCACUCAUCACUGACUGGCAGGAGUGGUGGGACAGUGACCUUCCAAAUCCUUGAUGGAACUUCAACACCGUAGGCACUUAAAUAAAGAUCCUUAAAGCAAACAAAAAAUAACCUUCA